CAGGGUGCUUUCCAUGUUCAAUCUUGCGAUAUUGUGGUUUCAAGUUUCCAAAGCAACAUUGACUAUUCAUUCAGCCCACAGAGAAAAAAAAGGUGGUUCACAUCAAGUAAAUAUUAAUUCAACUCCAUGCCCUUCCAAUUUCUAUCAUUCUACACUUGUUACACUUUUUUCCCAUGCACUAAUGAAUUUGAACAUAAGACGUAAAGUGGUUCAAAAGUUUGGUAUAUACAACUGGAGUAUGUGUCACAUAAGACGUAUAAAGGACUUAAAUUUAUGAUCUUAAACUAUGCCAUAUAAUCAUGUUGGUUGAACGGUGUACCCUCAACCAAUUUUGAACUGCUCCAUUUGAAACCUGUCACUUUGGAUGGUAAAUAAUAAAGAAAAGGGGAGAGAUAAGUCCAAAUGAUGAACAACAGGCCCACAGAGAGAGAGAGAGAUGCAGUUCCUUUAGAGGAAGACAAAGGAAGGAAUUGUUAGGAAGACAGUUAGUUUAGGAGGUUCCUGAACCAUAGGGAUAGUGAGCAGUAAGCAGGACAAAUCUUGGGCCAUUGGAUUUGUGGGUCACUUCAGUUGGUGCACGUGCUCCUUGCUUUGCUUUCUUCUUAUUUACCCAUUUCUCUCUCUCUUUAUGAGUUUGCUUUCAUGCAUGGAUUUCUCCUCCCAACAUAGUCCACACCACACACAGAACAAACAAGGGAGAGUCUUCUCUUGCUCCCCUCUUAAUUUUUCCUCCAUGCUUUGUUCAGCUCCAUCAUUAGCAAUAAAGUAGCACCUCCGCAAACUCCUAACAAUUUGCCUUUUUUCCCUUUUCUUUUUAUUUGCCUCCCUUAAAACUUUCAACUGCCCAAGAGAAGGUAGUGGUGAGAGAAAAAGGUAGUAGAACUACAUUAACCAAGCUUUCCUUUUCCACCUUUUGUGCAUCAGAUCCUGUUCUUUCUCCAUGACUAGAAUUCAUCAAAUCUGAGAUGGGUUUUCUGUCAUCAGAUCAAAAAAAGGAAAAACAUAAAAGAAAAGAAAACAUCAAGCUUGCUCUGCUCUGGUGGAGUUUAUCACUUUACUCACUAAAUUUGAGCUCCCCACUUUAAUUAUUUGAUCUGGGUCUUCUUGUUUCUUUUCAAUUAUUUCCAUUUCUGAGCUUUGGUUGGCUGGAUUUUAGAUCUCUCUACUGCUUCUUCCUUGAAUUCUAGUUUUCUUGUCCAUGGAGGCUGAUCGAGUAUUGAAACACUUCUGCAAGUUAUGCAACAGGAGCUUCCCCUGCGGGAGAUCUUUGGGAGGUCAUAUGAGGUCCCAUUUGAUAAACAAUCAAGCUGAAACUGGUGAAAAUCUGAGGAAGAUGAAUUUGAAAAAAGCUGGAAGCAACUCUGGCAUGGACAAUUUUCUGGGAGAUGGAUUUUCUGAUGGUUAUAGUCUUAGGAAGAACCCCAAAAAGACUUGCAGGCUUGCUGAUUUUAGUGCCGAGGACAGAUUUUGCAGAGAAUGUGGUAGAAGCUUUCAGUCUUGGAAGGCCCUGUUUGGCCACAUGAAAUGUCACUCGACAGAAACUGAGAGAGUGUCUAGUAAUUUGGAGUUGGAUAGCCAAUCAGACAGUGAAAUUGCAGCUGCAAAUCGAGGGAAGAGAUCUAGAAGACAAACAAGGUACAUGGCUGCUGAUACUUCAUCUUCCUUUUCAUUUGGUGCUGCUGCUUCUUCAUCUGUUUCUGAUCAGAAUGAUCAAGAACAAGAAGAGGUUGCUUUGUGUUUAAUGAUGCUUUCUAGAGAUGUGGGUGGGUUUUAUUCAACCACUGAGUCAUCUGACAACGACUCUAUGCCAAAGCAAGUUCCAUCUCUGGUUCCAAAAAUUCACUUCUCCAAAGCUGUUGAAGCUAUUCCAACUGUAUGCAUAAGUGGUAAGAUGGUGAAACUGAGAGAAUUUCACAGCAGAAAAAUGGAGCUCAGCGAGAUGGAUUCUGCGUAUCUCAAAUUUGAAGGGUCAAACUCAGAAUUCAGUGCUUCUGUUAUCAAGGUGAGCAAGAACGAUGAGAAGUCUCAGCAAAUUGACAGAUUUGGGUCAAGUUCCAACAACCGAACAGAGUUCAAUCAACCUCAGUUCAUUUCCAGCAAGUUCAGUACAGAUCAGAGAAAGUUUCAUGAGCUUUCCAAUCAGGAACUGAGGUCAAACUCCUACAGAAGAUCACCACCCCAUUAUCUGAACUCAGAAGCAUACAAAAUCAGAGAAAAGAGAAGCAAAUUCCAGUGUAAUUCUUGCCACAAAAUCUUUCACUCAUAUCAGGCACUUGGUGGGCAUAGAGCCAGCCACAAGAAGACCAAAGGAUGCUUGGUCUCAAAGACAGAAAGCAGUGAAAAUAGCAUCGAAACAGAGAUUUCUAACGACCCAACUUUUGAAAGUAAUCCCACAAUCACAGUCUUAGAGAUGGAAAAUCAGCAAGAAUCAGACAUGGGGUAUGAGAAAAAGAACAGAAAGCAUCACCAAUGCUCAAUUUGCUCCAAAAUUUUUAGUUCAGGCCAAGCUUUGGGCGGCCAUAAGAGGUCCCACUUGAUCGGUGGGUCAGAGUCCAGAAAAAAAUUCCCACAAACGACGGCGAUUCAGAAACCGGAACCACAGGCAGAAAUAAGGGACUACCUGGAUCUGAAUCUUCCGGCGCCAAUCGAAGAAGAGGGCAACAGCCAUUUGGGUUCCCUCAAGCCCUGGUGGGUCGGCGCCGGCGGCAGCCAUCAGCACGAGCAGGCAUUGGUAGGUUUGAUCUGACUUUGAGUCCUUCAUCGCUUGCGGCUUCGGACAUUGUACAGUACAGCCUUACCUUUCGUUACGAUUCAUUGAUUCUUUACGGGUUUCAGAAUCGAAUUGAUAAUACCUUUGAAUCAAUAUGAUGUUUUGUUAUAAUUUCUGAGAAACUCAAAUUUUAUCAUUGGAACAUGAAUUUGCAAACUUUGAAAGGGGAAGAACGGGAUUUUUUUUUUCUUUUUUAAUUCAAGAACUUGUUGAUUCAAACUUUCA